CUUUAAGUACAGAAUAGAAGGCAGACGAGAGAAGAAUUCCGACCUUUGUGCGACUUCGACGAGGAACAAUCGUAUAGCAUGAGAGCAAAUGAAUUUAGUUCGGUUGAAUCUCAUCAGAAAAGCUGGAAGCAAAUGAGACAGGUGCGAAUGAUAGUUCGUAUGGAUGAAGGACAUAAUUGUGAUAGACGUACCCCGACCAAAAAGCCCGCACGCUUGUAACGUUUGCCCGAUGUUGGAGUUGUUAGAUUAAUCUCACUUCUCUUACUCUCUCAUUAAACUCAUAGCGAAUCAAGAUAUUUCAGUUGCAUGGAUGUGCAAUGCGGCACCAAAUUAUGAUACUAGGCUUCUUGUACUAGUAGUAGUAUGCUGCCUUUGCUUUGAAUAAGAUUUCAGCACCAGUAUGCGCCGCUAAUACAAAUUCCUUCAAAACUACUGCGAGAGUAGCUAGCAUGUGUAAGCAUACGGCACGAAGUCAGCAAGCUACAUCCGACAAGUGUGGUAAAUGUAAACUUGGAUUGCAGCUGCGCUUGCAUAAGUCUAUGAUGCAUUAUGUUGAUUGUGCGUAGCUGUGGUGACUCGAACCUGUGUAGGCAUGGCCACAUCAAAAUUUGCUAUUAUUUACUGCUGCAAGAAAAGUAUAAUUAAACUUUAACUUUGACUUCAUCUUUUUUGCCGCAAACAAUAUUCUGGGUGAGAUGAUGUCCUUGUCUUCGUCUACUCCAUUAGGGACUGUUGCGGCGCAGUCGUCCUCCGAUUCAAGAAUGUCCAGAGAGGAGGCAUCGAGUACACCGUCAAGUAUAAUGUCAAGAGGUGCAAAGGCGGGACGGAGUCAAUUAGGCGUGGUCUACAGCAGUUUUACCAAACCUCCGAUAUUAACGCCCGAUCAAAGUUUGUACACAAACUUCAACGACUCUGAGCAGCAAGGGUCCUGCAUAAAUAAAGCAGUCGGAUUCAGCUGGAAAGGUUCGGAUUCAGCGAUCGAGGGGAGUAAGAGGACUAGGAAAACACGAAGGAGGAAAAGCCAGGCAGUCGCGGAGGUUUACCGUGCCUUCGGCAGUUCACGCGAUACGACAAGCAAGAAAGGUGUACCUGGAGGAGUUUUUGAAGCCGCUGCAAGCGGGAACGAUAUUCAAGACGGGAGCCGUUUGGCGCUUGCCCGCCCAGUCUAUUCACAUUUCUCACGACCGACUGGGAAGAAGACAAAGGACUCUGCACCAGCACGGUCCUCCAAACGCGCACAGACACAAGUAGAGGCGACGAUUCUACUGCCUUUGCCCACGACUACGACGACUCUGUGUGCUAGCGAUAGCGAAUCUACAGGUCACGAAGUCCCAGCACACGCAUUCAAUUCUUCCAACAGAGGAGAAACGCAUUAUGUAGCCGACACUUUGACGAGUAUCCACGUCGAUGCUAGUCCAUUGAACGCCAAUGCUAAUGCUUGGUAUCCAUCUUCUUGCGUUGAAGAUGUUGUCGAGACAUUCAGUCAUGAACGGAUUCUUUCGAGUUGUUCGAAGUACGAAGUGCCCAGGAGCAAUCAGGAGUACUGGCGAAAUUACGAGCUUGGACAGCAGGAGCUCGCAUCGAUGGAAGCCUUUACAGGAGACGGACGGGGGUACAAUAUGAACUCGAACGGGAAUGCCUUGCGAAGUUGGGACUUGCACCAAGCUUGCGACGAAUUCAUCCAAAACUUUCAUGACCAGGCCUCCUUAAUGGUUGAGCCGAAUUUUCGUCAGUUUAUUCGGCUUAUCAAAGACAAAGACCAACAGCAUCAACUUGUGGAGGCGGCAGCUGGUACAACUUGCGGAGAAAGCGACAACAUCGGUGAUCGUAGACUCGAUGCGCGAAUGUUUUUGGUUUACGAACCGCCAAACGGGUUGCGGCAGCUUCUCGCUUGUCUCUCUCUGGUUUCCACUAAUCAUGCGAAAGCCAGAACCACGUCAAACCGUACCCAAUUAUCUAGUCAAAGUGCGCAGAAGCUGUUGUAUCUGACAAAUUACAACACAGUCCUGCCUCCCGUGUGCUUCAUUGGCGGCUUCACAGGGGAAGAAAAAACCAAAGAAAAGAACGUGAAGCAAGCAAAAGGAAAGUUUGGUGAUGGUCUCAAGUCCGGCGUCACCGUUUUCGUAAGGGAUGCAGCUAACCCACCUGUGAUCCGCACUGCGGGUCAUUUUGAGUACCAGUUCGAGAUGGACGUGGCGAAGUACUUCCACCAUCGCGCGCAACACAACCAAGGCGUCAAAACGCUGCACUACAAAGUUGCUCGCCGGAAAGAAUUUGAUGCGAUGUCUCCCGGGGGCGCUUCAUCAACUCAUCAGGAAGGAGUUUCCAACGACUUGUUGGCCUGCUGCCCAGAAGGAGAUACUCUGCUUGCGUCUGUGGAUUUUUUUGACAGUGCAACAGACACGCAGGUUGUCCUGGACGUGUCGAGCUUUGACGUCGAUUUGACGCGUUACUUGUUUCUCGACAGGAAUCACAAAGAGGCUCUGCUCCCCUAUCGUCCGCCACUGUGCAAAUACGAGAUUCUUUUCCCAGGGAAUCGAAUUUUUAGCAGAUGUUGGGAAGAUUAUAACGGAGCAGAGCAGUAUGCAGGGGAGGGCACGGAGACCUGUGUGUUUAACCCGAGGGCGAACAGAAAGAAUGAAGUGUAUGCUGGUCGCAUUUAUGUUAAGGGCAUGCUGGCGGUUGGCGUUCCAAGGGACGGCGCUGUCCUUGAAAGUUCUGAUUCAGGGAACCGACUGGGUACUCGAUUCGGGAAUCAGAAGUUUGGGUACAAUUUUCUGGACUACGAUGUCCAAGUCCGAGACCGGCACGAAACAAUCUCGGAGCGGGAUCGCAAAACGCACAUUUCUGCCGCGUGGGCGGCGCACCUGCACAUGACGCACCACGAGGAGCGGCGGAACGAAUUGUGUCGAUUGCUCUUCGAGGCACUGCGGCAGAAUGGUGAUUGCCUGGAGGCGCAGGCCAUUCGCGACUCGAGCGAGAGCCUAGUUGUAGCUGUGCAACAUCAAAAGGCGCCAGGUGGAGGUGGGCAGCAAGAAAGCACUGCCAGAACUAGCGCAGAGCGUGCUGGGCGGAAGAGCACGGAUGGCGAAUUGGUGAAACAGUACCUGAUGCAGUACUUGUCCAAGGCGCACCCACGCGAGAUUCCUUGCAUGGAUGGCCAAGAGUCGAUGAAACAGCUUAUCCGGAAAGCUGGUCAUGAGCCGAUGGUUCUUAGCCCAGCUUUCUUUCUGUUGCUGGAGACCAGCGGGCUUUUACCGAACGUCCCCGAGCUGUUUGAGAAGCAGAAGAAGAGGAAACUUAGUGAGGCUUAUUCGGUAGAUCGGCGUGUCAAGCCAUGGCCGGUUUUACACGCGCUGCCAGAGAUUCUGGAAACCGGAUUCCGGACCUUCUUCCCGAAUCUGCGACAAGAACACUUCCGCCUUAUCGACGUUGAAGAUCUUCCUGAAGAGACGGUGCUAUUUUCCGGCCUCGGCAUUUGUUCUUUCGAAAUGAAUGGUUUUCUCUACGUGCCGCUGUCUGCACAUGCGCGCAGUGGAGGAGGCACUACGACCGCAACGAGCCCGCUGAACCAGGUCUACACGGCGAACGAAAACAAAAAAGUGCAUCACCAGAGCACUUGGUGGUCCGAGGACAUGAAUUAUGUGCUGUACUCGGACAACGGACGGCAUUUCAUUAUCGAAAAGCGUUUCUUCGCGAACGCCCAGCGAUAUCGAGUGGGCGUUCCUUAUGUAGCUACGUGCGAGAAUCAGGAGUGGUGGAGGCCAGGGGCUGUGUGGACAGAGCGCAUUCCUACCAAAGUUUCCUCUGGUGAGCAGAAGACGGCGCAGCAAGGUGGCAGCGGCAUUGCGGUUGUGAACAAGGAAAACAGCAACGUUUGUUGUCUGCCACAGACUGGGAUGAACUCAGAGAGGAUCUUGGGAGACAUCAUGAUAAACGUUCAUACUUUUCUAGCACGCGAGCGUCUGUUUUCGCCUGCGACGCCAAAGGCGAGCUAUCUCUCGCAGGCGGAGGCAACUGCAGCGCUCACGCGUGUUUCCCUGUUUGUGUCUCAGAUAACGCAGGAAAUACUGCGGCAUUUGAGUGAUCUCCGCCUGCACCUCUCACGGCAGCAAGCUGAUACAGUCUUCAUGCAGGUGAUGGAACAAGUGUACUCGACAAGCGGCGUUCAGAUCGCAGAGCGGCGGAAUGAAAGAGUGCCGCAGAGCACAACUAGUUCCUCCUUUGCUGCCAGUAAUAUUUCUGAUGCCGAGCAGGAACAAAAAGCUUAUGAACACAAAGAUGAACCCCGGCCGGUGUCGCCUCACUCCCAGAGUGAAGCUGGUGUUGGUGUGAAACACCAAACAGAGGCGGUCCCGCUGCGUGCGGCCACAGGAGUCUCGCCUUGUUCCGUGCCGCCUCAACAUAUUCAUAAUACCCCUGCAUUUCCUACGCCUUUCCCAGUGUGCGAGAGGCGCACAGUGAAGUCACCGGAAAUCAAGGGCCCGCCGUCUCUAGCAGUUCUUUUGCCCGAAGCGUGUAAAGCCGUGAGAAAGAAGGUCGCUGAGGUCACCGGACCAGGGCUAGCAACACAGGAGCAAAAAGCACUCGUUGGAGAUCGAAUAGCCGAAGAUUUGGAGAAGUGUGUUUUGCGGCGGGCGUCGCACUGUCCCGACGAAGCUAUGUUCGCCCUUCUUGGGGAUAAAGUCCUCGACCUCUUUCUCUAUCUUGGGUGCGCGCGGAGCAAUGCGAGUCUGCCACUCUUGCAGGAGGACGGUGAAUUUGUUGAUAAGAAUGAAGAAAAUCAGCAUGCUUCUUUCGGCGAGCAUGCUCGGGUGAAAAUUACAGUUACUGAAGCAGACAGGCUUCGGAGCCUUCUAUUUUUAAGGCAAAAUUUUCUCUACAGCCCUUGGGGCUAUUUUUCAAGUAGGCAAAAUCACACGUGCAUGUGCUCCAUGCUCUCAAGGUAUAGUAAUUGCAUGAUUUUUGCGUGAAUACAAAAUAGCUUUACUGAGUGCGUUGAAUAAGAGAAAUUUUGAGGCGUCUAAUUCCCAGCCGCAGAAACUUGUCUGGCGGUAGCGGAAAUCGCGAGGCAGCAGAACGCAUUGAGGCAGAGGCUGGUCGGCGACUGUUGGCUUUUCAGGGAGAGAUGAUUUGGCUUGCACUCUGUCGGACCCUGGGCCGUCUGGAGAUACCAGACCCGUGGGGAGCGCAAGAUGGUUCUUCUACACGAAUAAAGCAGCAAGCAGCAAGUGCAUGGUCAUCAAGGCGGCCGUUGCUGGCGAUGAUGUCAGGAGCAAUCUGUGAUGUGAGCUUCGGCGAAAAGGACCCAUCAGCGCCGCGCGGGAGCAGCGACGAAGGGCAGUCUGUAACAAGCGUACGAACGGAGCAAACGCAUAAUAGGAGACGGGCUGCAGACGGACGUGAAGCUCCGCGACUCCCAAAGUCGUUUUCACAACACGUCUUGUAUUUUUGA